AUGCAUGCUCUGCUGCGCAAGGUUACCAACCGAGGACAGAUACGACAGAACGAUGGCAACGCCCUUUGGGAUUUAGCGAGGGACAUGAAGAAGUGCCAAAUAACCUUGUCCCAGCUUGGAUACAAUGCGGACAUGAACAGCUCAGAGAACCUACUUAAGGUUCAGCGUCUCUUGCCCGUUCAUCUACAAGCAGACUGGGCCAAGAAGGCACAGGUGACCAUCGAGUCCAAACGAGAACCAAGCUUCGCACAGAUGACGGAGUUUAUUGAGACGAAGGCGAAAACUGCCAGCAAUAUGUACGGACAGAAUAUCACCAAGACUUUCAGUCCGACCAGCGCAAGUCAUUCCUCACGCACCAAACCGAAGGCUUACCCGGCCAAGGUGACUGCGCUGUCAACUAGUGUGGGUGGUGACUAUCUUCAUGAAGCAAAGAAGGACAAGCAAGUCAAAUGUCUCUGCUGUUCCCAGCAACACAAAUUGGCAGAAUGCAAGACCUUCACACAGAAGUCAUAUGACGAGCGUCGUCAGUUUAUGAGAGAUAAUAAACUGUGCGACAACUGCUUCAUUCCAUGGCAUGUAGCCAGACGUUGCAGACUCAGCAGUCGUUGUGGGAUUGAUGGAUGCACGUGGAAGCAUCAUACUCUCCUUCAUCCAUCCCGUGCGCCUGUUGCCAAUCGUGAGGAGCAGAAGGGCUGCAAAAAUCCAGCAAGUGUUAAACCUGAACCUGCUGGUACAUGUACCUCAACUGGGGCUGGGAGACGGGUGAUGGAAGGAGAAAAGGAUCAGCCUGGAGAGUGCCAUGCUGUGACAUCAAGGCAAGUGGCCUUGCGAGUGCUGCCAGUAAGGGUCAAACACAACGGAGCUUGA